UCCCGCUGACUGAAGCGCACACGCCAGAAGAAAUGGUCUUAGUGGUGGAAGUUCUGUCACUCCUCCUGGUCGCUGCGCUAUGGGGAGCCACCAACCCCUUCCUCAGGAAAGGAACUGAGGGCCUUGAGCAUGUUAAGAAAGCAAACAAGAUCUCCCAGUUCAUGGCUGAAGUCAAGUUUCUGUUCCUCAAUGUCAAGUAUCUGGUGCCGUUUCUUCUGAACCAGAGUGGCUCUGUGGUCUUCUACCUCACCCUCGCUACAACAGAUUUGUCUCUGGCCGUCCCGACGGUCAACUCGCUCAGCCUGGUGUUCACCAUGUUCACUGGGAAACUGCUCGGAGAGGAAUUUGGAGGGAAAAGUGCAGUGAUGGGGAUGGUGCUUAUUACAGCAGGUGUGACUCUGUGUGUGUUGAGCUCCGUCUCAGACCCAGACAGUGCAGGACUAAACAUUACUCCAUGAAUCUACUCAUGAUUUGAGUGGGAAAUGGAUCAAAAUUCCUUUUGAACUGUGUGGUGUGAUUUUAUCAUCGCACACUUUAAACUCCUCCAGGUAUAAAUAUGUGAACAUUUUAUUGAAGGCUGUGGGUAUGGUCUGACCACGGUGACUUUAUUUUUUUUCUCUCUAAGUAAUUUUUUACUAUCAUAAUAGUAAUAACGACUCGGUGUUCAAACAACUUGAUUUAAAGCGAGGACUUGGUGUUUGUCUUCACUGCUUUCAAGACUUCAAAGCUUGGGGCAAUGACUAGCUGUGUGUACAAACUAAUAACAAGCAAUCAUACGACUUCAA